AAGUCGCUGCCUCGCUGAGCGUGGAACCGCUCGUUCCCGUCCCAGAGGCAGACGAGGCACAGAAACAGAACCUUGGCGGCGGCGUGAGAGGAUUCCAGGGACCCGCCGGUGAGCCUCCCGCCGGCGAGCUGUCCCUGCACCUCGGGCCUGGGCGACAGCCGACAGAAGUUCCAUGGCGCGGCCGUUCAUCGGCUGAACUUUGGCGUGCAAGCGAACGACGACUGGUCGGGCGGCGAGCCGGCGGGGCGCUUCUCCUGUAGUCCUGUUCUUCCACUCCUGCCGGGUGAGGGGCUCGAUGUGUUUAGGCUGACUUCUUUUCAGCUUCUCGCCCGCUCCCCCGCAGGCGUCGCCGCUCGCCCUGCCGCCGCUGGCCGCUGCUCCCCCGCCGUCGGCACCGACCGCUGCUCUCCCGCAGGCGCCGACGCUCGCCCUGCCGCUGCUCCCCCCCGUCGGCGCCGCCGCUCACCCUGCUCCCCUGCCCCGUGGCUGUGGUUUGCGUCUCCUUCCAAGGUUUUCUCCCAGCGACCAAUCCAACCGUACGCCGGCGCCGCCCUGCAAGACCUGCCGCGUCGCCAUGGACCGCGAGGCGCUGCGCAUGGUCUUCUCGCCGGAGUUCUGGCGGAUGGGCGUUCUCUGGACCCUCUCCCUCCUCUACUCCUACCUCCUCCUGUUCCAACACGGCCGGACCGCCACCUAUCACCGCCGGAGAGAUGUAGGUGGCCGUGAUAGCGGCGGCGGCGGCGGCCGUCCCAUCUGCGUGGUCACCGGGGCGACGUCGGGGCUCGGCCAAGCGGCGGCUGCUGCGUUGGCGCGAGAGGGCUACUGCGUCGUGCUCGCUGGACGAUCUGCACAAUUGCUAUCUAAGACCACGCGAGAAAUUCGAAGGCAACAGCCUGAUGCCUGCCUUGAAGCGUUUCAAGUGGACUUGUCAUCUUACAUGUCAAUUAAGAAGUUCGAGACUUCGCUUAGUCAGUGGAUUCGAGACUCAAAUCGGGAGCCUUCCAUUCAGCUUUUGAUAAAUAAUGCUGGGAUGCUUGCGAAAUCACAUCGACUUACCGAGGAUGGGAUUGAUGAAAUGAUGCAGACAAACUACGUUGGUCCAUUUAUGCUGACCAGCAUUCUUUUACCUCUGCUGAAGAACAGCCAUGUACCAUCCCGAGUGGUUAAUCUAACAUCUUUCACACACAGAUGUGUGUCAGAAAUUGACGUGUCUGAAGAGGCACUACGAGGGGUGAAGUUUGGUCAGCGUUCAGUUGGUGGAAGUUACCCCUUAGCCUCUACUUAUGAGUAUACCAAGUUUUGUUUACUGAUGUUCUCAUAUGAACUUCAUCGACAACUUCACCUCCCUUCUGGUAUUUCUGUCAUGGCUGCCGACCCUGGUGUGGUAGAAACAGGCAUCAUGCGGGAGCUCCCUCCAUGCCUUUCUCGGUUCGCCUUCUUUGUUCUGCGUGUCAUGAAUCUCCUACAGAAGCCUGAUAUUGGGAUCGAUGCAGUCAUUGACGCAGCCUUGGCACCACCUGAAGCAUCUGGGAAGUAUUUCUUUGGAGGGAGUGGGAGGACCGUCAGGUCUUCUGCGCUGUCCUAUGACAUGGAGGCGGCCAAAAAGUUGUGGGCUGAAUCUUCAGCGCUGCUCCAGGAGCUGCAGCUUAGAGACUAUGAAUUUAGGAGGAACUGAACCAGCUUGUAAAUUUGAGAUAGUUAGAUGAAUUCACAAGGAAAACCUAACAGUAGAUGAUCAGUAGUUCACAGACCAUUCUUUUUUGGCCUGUCUUGCUGCGUAACUUUUGUUUUGUAGGCAAAUAACUUGGGAAAAAGGAGUUUCUUGUUUAAUCAAAGCUUGCUAUUGUAA